CAAAGCCGCGCCGCCCGCCUUGGCUGCGCGCUUUUACGCACACGGAGGACGGAACGGCUGCGCGCUUUUACGCACGGGAUUCUCUCCCGGCGGCAGCUCCGUGACGCAAUUUAAAACACGCGUGGAUUUUGCGGGAGGAGAGAUUAUAAUGAUCGCGGAGUGAGAUGAUGGCAGGUGUGCGUGGUCGGAGGAACCGGAGAAGGACGCGGCGGCGGGAGAGGAUUUGUUGACAAAAGCAGCAACUUGGAGAAGCUCCUCCUCUCCGCGAUGAAGUCGGAACCUCCUUAAUUACUAAUUUCUCUACAUCCAAGCCGCUCUCUCUCUCUCUCUCUCUUUUUCCCUCCUCCCCCCAUCUCUCUCUCCCUCCCUCCCUCUCUCUCUCUCCAUUCCUCCAUCCAUGCAUCUCUCAUCCUGACCCUCCUUUCUCUCUCCGCUGCUGUGUCUCUUGCAGCCGCGCGGGAUCACGGAGGAGCGGACGAGCUCUCGGACUUCCUUCCUCGCUCUUAUUUUUUUUUUUUAAUUUAAUUAAUUAUUAUUUCGUGGGUUUCGGGUUUUUCGGGGGGUUAUGGAGGAUGUAAAGGACCCGCCGAUCGUGCACCGAUCCUCCUCCUUCAGCAUCAAGAGCCUCCUGCUGCCCUCCAAGUGCGCUCCGGCCGCGGUGGCUUCCAUCCCCGCCGCGCUGCCUCCGUCUCCGGGCUCAGACUCCGACGAGAGGUCGCUGGAGCCUCCGGAGCUGCUGGAGAAGGACCCGGAGAAGCACCAGGACCCGGAGAAGGAGCAGCAGCAGCAGGGCGAGAACGAGGAGGAGGACGGCGGAGGAGGAGGCGGAGGAGGAGGAGACACCAAGGCGACUCCGGAGCAAACCCAAGGCGCAAAAAACGGGAAAUACGACAAACCCCCGUUCAGCUACAACGCCCUGAUCAUGAUGGCCAUCCGGCAGAGCCCGGAGAAGCGGCUCACCCUCAACGGCAUCUACGAGUUCAUCAUGAAGAACUUCCCUUAUUACCGGGAGCACAAGCAGGGCUGGCAGAACUCCAUCCGGCACAACCUCAGCCUCAAUAAGUGCUUCGUGAAGGUGCCCCGGCACUACGACGACCCGGGCAAGGGCAACUACUGGAUGCUGGACCCGAGCAGCGACGACGUGUUCAUCGGGGGCACCACGGGGAAGCUGCGGCGGCGCUCCGCCACCUCCCGGGGGAAGCUGGCCAUGAAGCGGGGGCUGCGCUUCGCCCCGCUCGGUCUGCACGGGAUUAACAACAAUAACAGCAAUAAUAACCCGCUGUACUGGCAGCUCUCCCCGUUCCUGUCGCUGCACCACCACCACCACCACCACCCGCACUACAACGGCUCCUCCUCGGCGGGGUUUCUCAACCACCAGGCGGGUUACGGGUCUCUCCUGCCCGCCGUGGAGCAGCUCGGCACCGCCGGCGCGCUGGGACUCACGAACGGUUACGGGAUGAGCGCGUCUCCGGUGGGUCUGGGAGCCGCCGGGUACUUUGUUUCAGGGAGCCAGCACGCUGCUGCCGCCGCUGCUGCUGCCGCCGCGGCCGCCGGGGCCCCGGGCCCCCCGCCGGGCGGCCCCGGGGCUCCGCCGCCGCAUCCGCCUCCGCACCUGCAGCCCGGCGCGCCCGGCGCGCAGGGCGGCUUCGGGUCCCCGCAGUCUGCGCUGCUGUCGGACUCGCUCAGGAACAGCUUCUCCUCGCCGGGGUUCCCCGGGGUGCUGUCCCAUCAGAAGAGGGUGACCCCGAACGCGUUCCUAAACUGACUGCCCUAACCCACCCCCCCAACACCCACCAACCCCCCGCCCCCCCUACACAACUCCCAUCCAACGCCUGCACACGGAAGAGUAUGAGGGCGCAUGCAGGAGAAAAAAUAUUUGAGAGGGGAAGAUUUUUUUUUAUUGUGCAUUUCGAGGAAAAAAAGUCAAAAUGUCGAGAAUAAAGUGUCGAGAUUAAUGUUGAAAUACAAUUUCGAGAAAAAAGUAGAAAUGUCGAGAAUAAAGUUGAAAUACAAUUUGACUUUUUUCUCGAAAUUGUACUUCAACACUAUUCUCGACAUUUCGACUUUUUUCUCGAAGUGCAUAAUGAAAAAAAAAUCUUCCUCCUCUAAAAUAUUAUUUUUAUUUUUGUCCUGCCUGGACCUGAUACUCUUCUGCACCUGCAGAUUCAAUUCAAUUCAAUUAAAUUUUAUUUGUAUAGCGUCUAAAACAACAAAAGUUGUCUCCAGGAUCUUUCCAGAGACCCAGAUCAUGAUCCCGCAGCAAUUAUUACAUAAACAAUGGCAAGUAAAAUCUCCCCUAGUGGGAGAAAAACCUUAAGCCAAACAGUUGCAAUGGAAAAACUCCCCUUUAGGAGGGAAGAAACCUUGCAGGACCUGGAUCAUAAGAGGGGGAACCUCCUGCUGAAGACCAGACUGACGCGUAAAGGAAAAAAAAUAUGAAAAAGGAUUUUAAAAAAAACAAAAAAAAGAAGAAAAGGUGAUGAAUUAUCAGUCACUUGACCGCAGAUAUAUAUAGAUAUAAAUAUAUGAAGUGAAACUUUUUUUGGCCAUAUUCUCCCCCGGAAGUGCAACGGGUCCGUUUUGGAUUAUUUUUGCGCAUUUUGAACUUUAAAAAAGGGACAAAGUUUUUUUGUUACCCGCGGGUUGUACAACUGUAAACUAGACUUGCCAAAGGUAACAAUAUAUUUCAAGCUAUUUAUAUCUUGUACAAAGAUUUUCAGUACUUUUUUUUUUCUUUGAGUCGUUUAUUUAUGUUUUGUAUUUAUUUUACAAUGUAUUUAAAUGUUAUUUCUCAGUGUGAACUCGUCAGUAUUAAGAGGAAAAAUACA